UAAGAGCUCGUGUUCAGUGGAGGACCCAGAGGGACGCCGUGAGGAGAUCCCCUCUCUUCUCUCUCAUUUACCUGCUUUAUUAUGCUUUAAAAACGUCCUAACGAUAGAUCACAUAGUGGAUACUUCAUUAAUAAGUGUAUAGAAUGGCUGAAUUGCCCGGAAAUAAGUCAAAUAAGUGUGUGUGAUUAAAUUAUGUGGUGCCCACGGAGUUUCCAGCAGUAUCCUGUUGCACCUUUCUCCAUCAGCUGAUUCAUACAGGAUGGAAGUGGGAGUAUUAGUAAUAUUGGUGAUAGCAACCCUGACGAAGGCGCAGCAGAUCAACAGGGCGCCACAGUUCCUACCUGCAGGAGACAUGGACAGAUUCUCCCUCAGGGAGGACACACCAGUGGGGUCAUCAGUGUACAGGCUACGAGGUCGUGACCCUGAGGGCACCCAGGUCUCCUUCACUGUCUCCGGCGACUACCUCAGCGUUGACAGGAACUCUGGUGUGGUCACCCUCGUGCAGCUGCUCGACCGUGAGGUCACACCCAUGAUCGAGGUCAUCAUCACUAUCACAGAUGAGCGUAUGUUUGGGGACGAGCCGAACACAGUGCCACUGCGUCGGGAGAUCCCCAUCUUGGACGUGAACGACAACCGACCAGUGUUUCACGGGGAGCCAUACACCUUCAUGGUACUGGAGUCUGCGUCACCCGGUGCCACACUCUUCUCCAGCAUGAAUGUUACUGAUGCUGACGGUGGCACCAACGCUGAGAUUAAGCUACACUGUGUCGAAGAGGAGUCUCCACGGGCAUGUGUCAAGUUCGAGGUGCGAGAAGCCAGGGUAGCUGAGGGGCAGUAUGUGGGCAUCAUCUCACUCAAGGAACAACUUGACUAUGAGAUGGAGAGGCAGUAUACCAUGGUGAUUCGGGCAUCUGAUGGAGGACCUGAGAAGCGCCUCACCACCACUACAACAGUGGUGAUUGAAGUGAAGGAUGUGCAGGACCAACCUCCCAUCUUCCUCAAUGCCCCCUUCAGCACCACUGUCAGAGAGGCCAGUCCCCCAGGAACAUCAGUGCUGGAAAUUCUUGCCCGUGACGGAGACCUCGGGGAGCCUCGUCCCAUCACCCUCUCCCUACAGGGGGACAAUGCUGGCUAUUUUGUUCUCUCUAGAGUGCAGACUCUUGAGGAUGGCUCCCUCACUGCCACCCUCUCCACUUCACCUGUUACCCUCGACAGAGAGGAUCCCCUCAUUCUCAAUAAUGGAGGCCUCUAUACAUUUAGUGUUCAGGCACAGGAGAAGGGAGGAGAGGCUGCAGUAUCACAGGUGACGGUGGUAGUGACGGAUGUUGAUGAUCAGCGUCCUGUCUUCAGCCAAGAUGAGAUCUCCAUCAGUGUUCCAGAGGAUAUUGCUGAUGGGACACCACUGCCAGGACUCAACCUGGUGGUUACAGAUGGAGAUGUUGGAGAGAAUGCUCGAUUCUCCUUGGCCUUGGAGGACAUCUCUGGUUCCCAGGGCGUCUUCUCCAUCUUUCCCGAGACGGCUGUGGGUAGGACACCUGUCAUCAUCAAAGUUGCUGACUCGUCAAAGCUUGACUUUGAAAAUCCUCAUGCCUCCAAUUUCGUCUUUAAAGUGGUUGCCAGUGAGCGUGGAGUCCCUGUGUCAGAAGCUGUCAUCAACAUCACCGUCACAGAUACCAACGACAAUUCUCCUGUCUUUCUCCACCCCUCCUACAGGUUCAAUGUGAGUGAGGGUGCGGAACGCGGGGACCUCAUUACAAAACUCCUUGCCAAUGACUCCGACUCAGGCAUCUUCAGAAAGCUUAGCUACAGUCUUAAGGGUUUCGGAGCAGAAAAGUUCCGAGUGAACAACAGUACUGGGGAGAUUUUCGUGGCCAACUGUGGGCUGGAGAUAUGUCUCGAUUACGAGCGCCAAAAGACUUUCUCCCUCACGUACUCAGCAACUGAUGGUGGUGGCAAGGUCACAUCCGUCAACAUUUUUAUUGACGUGGAGGAUGAGAAUGACAACUCGCCGGAAUUUUCAAGACGAGAGUACCGUAGGACAGUGGAUGAGGGAGCAACGACUUUUGACCCCCCGCUGUUUGUUAAGGCAACAGACGCUGAUGGGGAGAACCAAGGUGGGGGGAAGGUAUUCUACUCCUUGCAGGAAGGUAACACCGAUGACGAGGCCUUUUUCGUGGAGCCCAUCAGUGGGGAGGUGACCAUCCAGCGAGCUCUCACCUACCUAGACACCCCUACCUCUACUUAUACCCUCACUAUCCGUGCAACUGAUGCAGGUGAGCCACGGCGCCACAGUGAUGUCCGAGUGUUUAUCACAGUCGGGCGGGAUACAAACCGACCACCCAGGUUCAGACAGCGGGGUUAUCAGGCUAAAGUCCGUGAGGAUGCCCCAUCAGGCACAAGUGUGAUACAGGUGUCAGCCAGUGACCCUGAUGGACUCGAUGAGGCUCUAACAUACGUGUUGAUGGCAGGAGCCAGGGACAACUUUAUCAUGAAUGGCACCACAGGCGAGAUCACAGUUGCUCAGGGUGCCACCCUUGACCGUGAUGUCACCCCUAAGUACCAGGUGGUGGUGGGAGCAGUGGACAGUGGAACUGUGACACGCCAGACAGCAACUACAACUGUUACAGUCCUACUCAUUGAUGUUAACAAUAAGCAUCCAAAGUUUAAUCAGGACUCAUACACACAAUAUGUAAGUGAACGACUGCCGGUGGGGGAAAAGGUUGUGACUGUGAAGGCAAGUGAUCCUGACGUGGAUGCUGACCUUGUUUACGAGAUCACUCAACCUGUCAUGGCCAGAGACAAGACCGGUGUUGCACUCACCCCAUCCUCACCUUAUGACUACCUCUCCACCUUCAGGAUCAAUGGGUCAACAGGUGAGGUGGAGGUGUCUGGGGCUCUGGAUCACAAUGCAGCAGCUGUUGUUAUCCUCACCAUUACUGUCACUGACAGGAAUGCCUCAGAGGCAUUCCCCAACCAGAUUGACACAGCUGAGGUGACUAUGUAUGUGCAGGCAUUCAGUGAUCAGAACCCGAUCUUUGCACCUCCCUGGACCCCAGCCAGACCCCAGCUGGAGGUUACAGUUAAGGAGGAGCAGCAACCUGGCACUGUUGUCUUCUCUGUUACUGCCAAAGACCCCGUUACAGGUCAGCCUGUACGACGGUAUGAGAAGGUGGGCGGGUCAGACCCUGGAGAAAUGUUCACUGUGGCGCCCAUCACCGGCCAGGUCUCCCUCAACUCCCGCCUUGAUUAUGAGGCCUCUGAGACUAAAAAAACGUCACUACAAGUGUUGGCUAUCGCUGGAGAUCGCUCUAGUCAGGCCACUGUCAUUGUUAAUAUUGAGGACGUUAAUGACAACAGCCCAAUUUUCACAGAAAAUGAGUACCAUGCAAGACUGGCUGAGGAUGCUCGCUUCCCCAAGUCCGUGUUGACUGUGAACGCGACGGAUGCUGACACUGAGGAGCGAGGGCAGGUCACCUACACCCUGGGUGGUGAGGGGGCACUGCUCUUUGUUAUUAAUGAAACUACAGGAGAGAUUGUGGUAGCUGAGGGUGCGGAGCUGGACCGGGAGACUACACCCACCAUCACCCUGGAGGUGACAGCCCAUGACACUCCCCAGGGAGGCAUCAGUCAGCGCAAGACUACAGUCAUCGUGGAGAUUGAAUUGACGGAUGUGAACGAUGAGUCUCCACGAUGGAGUGAGUCAUCGUACACGGCCGUGGUGGCAGAGAACACAGUUGUGGGAAGCCCUGUCACCACUGUGCUGGCCACUGACCCAGACCUUGGUGUCAAUGGUAUUGUUCGCUACCAGCUGCCUGAGCCACAAGGAGAGGUUCAUGGGCUGUUCUCUCUGGAUGCUGAAAGUGGUGUGGUGUCAGUGCGGGCGCCCUUGAAUGGUAAGGGUCGUACUGAACCUUACGAACUGAUAGUGAGGGCCCUUGACCAGGGCUCUCCCCAGCAGUUCUCGGAGGCUACUAUCAGGCUCUUCAUUGGUGAUGUCUCGACUAAUGAUGGAGUUCCAAGCUUCAAGCGCCCCGCACCUAAUGAAGGGGCGAGUGUAAAGGAGAACUCUAAGGUGGGGACAGCAGUGUUCCAGGUUGAAGCAGAGGACCCCGAUGACCCCAGCACCCCUAAUGGCAAGAUUGUCUACUCUUUCCUUGAUGAUGGUAGUAAUGAUGGUGUCUUUGAGAUUGAUCCAACGACAGGAGUUAUCAGUACCCGCACGGAACUGGAUCGUGAGACUCGGGCACAAUACACUGUGGUAGUGGUGGCACAAGACCUAGGGAGACCUCCACAGCUUGCCUCCCGCCUCCUUGUUAUUAACAUCACUGAUGUUGAUGACAACAUUCCAGUCUUCGUCAGACUUCCAGGAGACAAGCCGCUGGAACUGGAAGUUGAAGAGGAGGCUGCAGUGGGCACAGUGGUGGGUUAUGUGUCAGCCAUUGACAACGACAGUGGCAACAACUCUCUCAUCGACUACCGCAUCACAGACGGGAAUGCCGAUGGGUUGUUUUGGGUGAAUCGCACGUUGGACAACAAGGGCAUGAUCUACGUCAAGGGUCGUGUGGACAGGGAAAAGGUUGACUCAGUGACUUUGACACUGCUGUGUGGGAAGCUGGGCCGAAAGAUGCCAAGCAAGAAGACCUAUGACCAGGCUAACCCAGCCAUGACUCAGGUGCAUAUCCUGGUGAAAGACCUGGAUGACAACAAGCCCAUGUUUGUGAAGCCAGUGGUGACAGCAGGAGUGAGGGUGGAUGAUUCUCUGCAGACUGAGGUGGUGAGACUCCAAGCAGAAGACAAGGAUCCCACUGCCCUUCCCAUCAGGUAUGGUCUUCACAACAUCAGUUUCUCACAUAUUGAGGACUCGGUAGAGCUCCUACCUGAUGAGGAAGUGAAUGCCACGGGAGUGUUUCUGUUGGAGGAGUCUUCAGGUGUGUUACGAACAAAUGCACCCCUUACUCGUUACGCCCAUGGCAUCUUCACAGCCUUUGUCACUGCCUUCUCAGUACCAACUGAUGAGCCAGCCAUUGCCAAAGUUACAAUCUAUGUGUUGCGUGACUCUGACCUCAUGCGAUUUGUGUUUGGCAUCACUCCUGGGGAAGUGCGUCGUCAGCUAACCACCUUCAGGAAGGAUGUGGAGAACGUGCUGCCUGUUGCCGCAUCUCUUAAUAUCUAUGACACCACUUACUACUCUGAUGCUGAUGGCGCCAUAGACUUCUCCAGCACUGGGUCUUGCUUCCAGCUGGUUGGCCGUAACAUGCAUGACACCAAGGUCCUCCUCGACACUUCUCGUAACAAUAAAUUGGAGAAGGUGUUUGACAAGUACACUGUCAAAAAAGUUGAGAGGUGUGUUCCACGUCGGGAGUCCCGCCAGGUGGACUGGGUAGAGGUUUGGGUGCUGGUGAUUGCUGCUUUCAUAGGAGUUGGGGGUUCAGUGGCUGCUGUGUCAGUGUGCUGCCUUUACUCUCGGUACCGGCGGCGGGUGAAGCGCCAGCAGCACCACCUCAGGCUGUUAGAGAGUCCACACUCAACCACCCCUGUGCUGCCCCCAGGCUCCAUUAUCAUGCUACCCCCGGGACCACCACCUGGAGCCCCACAACCCAAUGGUGCCAUGCCCACUGCAUCAGUGUUAAGUUCAGAGCCUCCUAGAGCCUACGAGUGGCAGGAACGAGGACUGCCUCUUGACACUGUCUCCUACAGGAGUGCUCAGAGAUAGUUCCACACGUUCAAGAAUCCUCAGUGAUAUAAGAGUUAAGUAUUGUUUAUUAUUAUGAAAAUUAAGGUACCUUUUGUGCCAAUGAUUGUAUGCCAGUUGAUGAGUGACUUAUGUUGAAGAGCAAGGAACAAUGCACAAAAAACUAAGUUUUACCGCAUCUAAAGUUUAGAAAACUAUUAAUACUCACGUUAGCUAAGUACUGUAGUUAUUGCAACCAGCCACUAAGUUUUUUUUUUAACACAUUGGCCAUUUCCCACUGAGGCAGUGUGACCCAAAAAAGAAGAAACACUUUCAUCAUCACUCCAUCACUGUUUUUACCAGAGGUGCGCCGAUACUACACUUCAAUAACUGCAUAAUUUAAUUUCUCUUAGGAAGAUGAUUUAACCUCCCAUAGAUCACCUGCCUUCAUUUAAAUUUAUGACAGUUGCUUAUUUAUUUCAGUCCAGAUUUUGCAUUGAUGAAUUUCCAUUUGAUUGAAUAUUUUGACUGUAAUUAUAUGUAUAUAUUCUUAAUAUAGUACCUUGUAUUAAAUAGGCCUCUGAGUGAAUAUAUUAUAUUCAACUUUUAGAGUUUUUACAGUGUACUUCAAUAAUAAUUAUAUUUUAAAUAUAUGGAGAUUUACAUGUAGGCUGUAAACUAUGUGCAAAUAAAAUAUAAACAAUA